AGGAAAUACUUAUUUUAGAUGCAGUUAUAAAAGUUAAUCCCGCAGCAAAUGCAAUUAGUGGUGAACCUGGAAUUCCUGGAAGAAGCUUGAUUUGUAAACAAUUGGUUCCAACCGUUAAGAAGCUGUUGAAUACGGGAAAUCAAUCGAUGCAAUGUGAAUAUUUCAUCCGUUAUUCCACUCACUAGGGGGUCAUCUUUUAUGAAAAGAAGAAAGCAUCGGAGUCUUAGUUUGGGUUAAAUUCAGAAUGUGAGAUAACUUCUACUUCUUUCAUUUCUGUCAUCCAGCUUUAUAUAUAAGUCCCAGUGCCUUACCAAUUGUUUUACAUUUUGUUUGUUAAAAUAAAAAAAUAUUUCUAAGGAUCGUUCAAUAAAUAUCUGCAGACUUAUGUAUUGAUGCAAUAAAACAUAUUUGCUAUUUUACUGUUGAUUGGUAAAGGAAAUUUGUGACUAUGAGAAUUACACCAUGUUGAUUUUAUAUUAUAGAAUGGAGUGUUUCAGUGGUGCCUUUUCUGUUUUCAUAAACUGAUUAGGGUACUCAUUAGUCUUCUGUGACUACUUCAACAAAUAAUGCGAACUCUGUCCUUCUCUGAAAAAGGUUAUAUUAAGAUCAAAACUUCUUCAAAAUUGUCUCAUACUUGCCAAAAUAAAUUCAAACAAUAUUAGUCAUUGGCUAAUAAUGUAUAGUUUUAAAUAUUGCAUUAAGUGUGUUUGACACAAUGUUAUGUAUUAUAUGAAGUGACUUUGAUUUUAAGAAACUCUUUUAUGAAUAUUUAUUUGGCAUUUAGUGAGACUGUAAACAAGUUGUAACUUUUUGUUGACAAAGGCACUUGAAGAUCGUGUGAGAUUGAACGGUGUUAUAGAUGAAAAUUGAAAAAUUAUGGCAUAUUAUAAAAAUGCAGAAUCUACCCAAUCUGACGAAGAACUAUAUCCUAAUAUCCCAGGUUAUGCAACUGAUACAAAUUUCUAUCCAAAUCUCUCAGAAGAUAAACGUGAACGUUUUCCGUCUCCUGUCAGACGAAGCGAAAGGCUCAAAAAGUCAUAUGAAGAUUCCCUAAAACAUAGCAGUGACAGGAGGCGAAAUGUAGGUAGAAACGAAGAUAUAAUAAAUAGAAAAAAUGCUCAAUCUAACGAAGAACUGUAUCCGAAUAGCCCAGGUAAACUCUAUCCAAAUCUCUCAGAAGGUAAAAAUGAACAAUCCCAAAGCGAACGUUUCCCAAAAUAUAACAGUGAGAGACAAAGGCGGCCAAACAUAGGUGGGAAUGAAGGCAUAAGAAAUAAGAAUAUAAGAAAUAACAUUAACACAGUUUGUUUUCAGUCUAGAGAAAGUGCUGAACCUCAUAAAAAUAAUAGUAUGUGGAUUUUUGGCUUAAUCACUCUGAUUCUACUUUCUUUAGGAAUGCUUUUGGGUUUGUCUAAAGGAGGCCAAAAAGAAGAUGUUACAAAUAUAAAUUUUGGCAAUCUAAAAGGCAAAUUUAGAACCCAGUCGAAUCGUGUUUGGGCUAUCCUGAAAGCCAGUACGAACCACAUCAUAGCAGCAGAAGAGCCUGAUAGACCAGCUGUGAUUAUGAUGGUUUUACCAAACAAAGAAUAUCAACUUAUGGCACUUUGUCUAGCUCAACACUUGUCACAUGAUCUCAACAAAAUUCUUAAGGGGCAACCCACAGCAGCUGUUUCAUACCCUUUUGUUAACGGUACCAAUUUUAUAAACUAUGAAAUUAGUGAUCAAAAAUUAAAACUGGAUAAUUCCAUACAAGAUAUUAUUAAACAAUGGAAAUCUGUGAUAAUUACUAACUUGGAGAAGUUUCACAGCCAAACUGUGAUGCUUUUCCAUGGCCUUUGUGACACAACUGAAGCUGAGCACAAACGGAUUGCUAUUAUAUUUCUACUGGAGUCUCCUUAUGCAAUAAAAAGUGAAGAAGAGCUAGCAUUAUAUUUAGAGAGUUUGUGGAGUGACAUGAACCGUAUUAAAAUUAAACCUCUUCUUUCACGGAUUGCCAACAAUGUAAUAUUUUUGAACCAAGAUAAAAGUUUUACAAACUGUUUGUAAUUGCUGUUAUCCUAAUAUGUAAGCAAUAAACAUAUAUAUGAAAACAU